AUGGAGUACCAUUAUCUCGGAAAGUCGGGCCUGAAGGUGUCCAAGGUCAUUCUUGGUGCAAUGUCGUACGGGAACCCGCAAUGGCAAGGUUGGGUGCUCAACGAGGAAGAAUCGCUCCCACUGCUUGAGUAUGCAUACAACGCCGGCAUCAGGACUUGGGACACGGCGGAUGUGUAUUCGCAUGGCCAAUCCGAGGAGAUCAUUGGUAAAGCAAUCAAGAAAUAUAAUCUCCCCAGAGAGCGCCUCGUGAUCCUGAGUAAAUGCUAUUUCGGCGUCACUCCGGAACAUCCUGGCAAUUCAAUCAGUGCCAGUACAAUCAAUGAGGGCGACUUGCUGAAUCAGGUUGGGCUCAGUCGAAAACACAUUCUGGAUGCGGUCGACAAGAGCGUUGCUCGCCUAGGCACUUAUAUCGACGUGCUCCAAAUCCAUCGCCUCGACCGUUCGACUCCUCGUGAAGAAAUCAUGAGGGCUUUGAACGAUGUCGUUGAGUCCGGCAAGGUCCGCUAUAUCGGGGCCUCAAGCAUGGCGGCUUGGGAAUUCCAGGAGCUGCAGAACAUUGCCGACCGCCAUGGCUGGCACAAGUUCAUCUCGAUGCAAAACUAUUACAACCUGCUUUACCGCGAGGAGGAGAACGAAAUGAUCCCAUACUGCAAUCAUACUGGGGUUGGCUUGGUUCCUUGGUCCCCUGUGGCACGUGGGGCAUUGGCCCGUCCGUGGACUAGCCGAGACAGUUUGCGUGAGAAGACGGACUACUUCAUGCAGAUGUUGGUUCGCUCAAGAGACGACAAAGUGGAUGAAGAGAUCGUUGGUCGGGUGGAACAGGUGGCAAAGAAGCUGGGCAAGAGCAUGGCCCAGAUUGCAAUCGCCUGGUGUCUGAGCAAGAAGGAUGUUUCUCCCAUUGUGGGCUUGAACAAGAAGGAGAGAAUAGACGAAGCUGUGGAGGCUUGCAAGCUCAAGCUGAGCGAGGAGGACAUCAAGUAUCUCGAGGAGCCAUACCAGCCAAAGAAGAGACAAGGAUAUUAA